CCCCCAAAGAAGAAGAAGUGAAGGCUCAAUGGCGGACUCGGCUGGGAAAAUGGCAAUACCGGCCACGGUAUUUACCGCUAAACAAGCAACGAGAAAACGGAAAUCAGACUUUGAGCAAAAACUGUCCAAAGGACUGAGCGACAAUCGAAGGAAUAAAUGCCGCAUAAAUAUUGGACAAGCAUACACGAGGUGGAGAGAGCUUCGCGACAGCAUCGGGCUGAGGUUGGAUGCUGAGCUUGCUGUGCUCCUCAUGGACAGUUAUCUUCAGACCACAUCAGAUGGCAGAUCUCAGCGGCCGAGCCUAGAAAUGGGCUCUUCAACUGAAACCUGUGAAAGUGUUCACCGUGAACACCUGUUUAUGAUGAGUUCAUCAAAUGAAGCUGAGCAGGAGCAGGGGGAAAAGGAUCAAAGACCAAAUGGGGUGGUACGGGAGGAGGAGGAAGAAGAAGAAUUUUGCACAUCGUUAAGUGUGGGAGAUGGACGCUACCUGGUGGAUUUGGGGAGCCCCUCAGAGUUCAUCGUUGAUGAAGACUGCAUCAUCCAGCUGAUGAAGUCGUGCCGUGAAUGCAACAAACAGUGUACAGUUAGAAAACAGGUCAAAGGACUGAAGCUUGUUGUUUACCAGGCGUGCUGUUUUUGUCAGAGCCGCAGUAAAUGGACUAACCUGCCAGAUGAAGACGAUGAAGAGCAGUUAUGAUCAGAUCAUUUGGAAAGAUGUCACAUGUGGACAGAGGUGGGUUUAUACUGGGAUUACAACAAAACUGAAAUAUGUUUCAGCCAAACAGAUGAGUUUCCAGUUUAAGGCUCUGCUUUUCUCUGGAUUGUCACAAAGCUGUCCACACUUGCUGUCCAUUUCCCCUCCUCACUUACUUCCUGAUGCGUCCACACUGCACUGAAGGAGCCACAUGGGUGGAUCCUUCUGUCUCCCGUCAGAAUGGGUUUCAACAUGUUUUAAUUUUUUUUUCCCCUUAAUUAUUUAUACGACGUCGAAACAUAACCCUUGGUGUUAAAACAUCAUCAUGUUGUCUGUGUCAUCCAGUAUCCUGGUUGGAACGUUGUGCUUUACUGUUUGAGCAACUAGCACUGCUAAAACUCGUCAUAAAACUAAUUUAUAUUCUUGUUAUAGUCAGAAUUUUGUUAUCAAUUAAAAAAAAAAAAAAGUCAUGCCAAAGGUCACUUCUCUUUAUUGUUACAGUUUCUUUUGUCAGCCUCACACCUCAAUAAACCACUAAACAGAACAUCCAGAUCUGCUCUAAAUAACAACACGUUUCAGCCAGAGAAGAGUGAGCCCACACUUUUAAUGAUUAAUACAUUAAUCAGUAGACAGUAUUUUAACAGUGGAACCCCUGGUGGACUGGUCCAGAUGUAUCCCAUCUUAUGUUCUGGGUGAGAGUUAAAAACAAUCACAAUGGAGCUAAGGAAAAGGAGAAGUCAAAAAAAGACUUGAUUAUCUUCGCUCCUAGUGAUCAGAAAGCACACCAGGUUAAUUAAAAA